UCAGAGCUGUAAGACUUGUGACCAUGUUGAGGACUCCACACACUGGCUUCAGAUUGAACCUUUGACUUCCACUGUCCAGGGAGUGACAAUGUUCAGGCACAGGACACCCAAAGGGCGUUAUGAGUGCACAGUGUCUGGGCUCCGCUGGGUGUGUGAGAGAGAUGUCAUUCUGAAGUAUCACUUCAGGAACUGGUAUCCCUACAGUCAACUUCUGAAAGACAUGCAGUACGGACAAGGUGGUCCAUUGCUGGACAUCACUAUGGAGUUAGGUGAACUGGAGGAAGUUCAUCUGCCACACUUUGUCUGUUUAGGGACCAACCCUUCCCUGAGGAAUGAGAUGAAGAUUUUUCAUGUAGAGGAACAUGGAGUGUCUGUUGAGGAAGUGCAUGAGGUCACCAGAUUCCAUGCUAAGAUUCUCCAUCCCAAGUUCUCACUUAUCUCUGUUAUACUGAGCUAUAUCUUUUGGUGGAACAUAGAUGUCCACUGUGAGCUGAUGCUCUAUCUGACAGUGAAAAAGCAAACACUAAUUCCACGCCUAUACCUGUUCCCCAGUAACCCCAGCCAAAUACAGGCUGUGGAACAACAGGAAAAGUCUCAAGGGUCUUCAAGGGUUCUCAUCUCAAGACCGGAGCAGGCCUUCAAACUGAAUAGUUUCUUCAGACUGAACAUUCCCUGUUCUACCGCCAUCAAUCCACAGAAGAUUCAUCUCAUACAUAGAGACUCCACACCAAGCUUUUUCAGGGCGGUUGUAGAAAAUGACAGGGGUUAA